CUUCACUCAAAAGCAUCUUUCGAAAUAUAGCUUCAUCGAAACGUUACAGAAACGUUUAUCCUUACUGUUAUCUACCUCGGAUCGAUUUGUGGGAUCAUUAUCUCCUGGGAUGACUUAUGGCAGCGACAAAUGUUGCAAACUAUUAUCCGGAGCUUUUUACGAUGUUCUUCCCCACUACACCGCCCUUCCAACUCCAUUCUGUACUCAGGUUCAAAACCACAAUAUUUUUGUUCGAGGAUGGGCAUGGAAAUGUCGUUGAUGAGAAUGGUGGUCCUGAACCCAUGGAGUACAUUGUUGAUCAGGAUGAAUUUGUUUUGAGUACUUGGAGCAUGCUACCUCUGGUGGGUUAUCUCGAGAAAGGCCAAAAAGAUGAAGACAUUCGAAUGAAGGAGGCUAAUGUCAAACGUGAUUAUGUGCGUUAUACCAUUCAAGAUAAGGUUAGAUUUUUCGACCUGAAGAUUGAAAAGUGUAUGAGCGCCUCAGCUGCAGCGAAGCAGUUGGGCAUUCACAUUCGUACCGCGCAGAGAUGGGUGAAGCAAUAUAACGCGUGUCCUGAUAGCAUUUUUGAGAGUCGUAAGCAGCAUAAGUUAGCUGUUGUCGGCUUCAUUGAUGCAAACCCAUCUGCUUCUGUUGCUGAAGUGACUGACCAUUUGUUGAGCCGCUUCGAUGACCUGAAAGUUUCCGGAAGCACAGUUUAUAAUUUCAUGAGAAACGAAUGCAAUCUUUCCUUGAAGAAGGCUGACUUUCAUUUCAUCGAAAGAAACAGUCAAGCGAAGAUUGAGGAGCGACAUGAACUUUUUGACGAAUUGUGUGUUUCUUGACGAGUCGGCCUUCGAUAUCAAUAUGAAACGGUCAAGAGCUUGGUCUAGAAAAGGUACGCGUGCUAUUGUUACCCGGCCAACAACGAGAGCAAACACGACGUCUAUAUUAGGUGCCAUCUCUGCUGCAGAAUUGAUCAAUGUUGGUGUAAAAAAACCGAGACCUGCCAAGAAGAGAAAGGCUGAAGGAUAUGUUAGUUCAGGAACCGUGACAGGCCACUAUAUCAGUUUCUUGAAAAUGACUCUCGAUGAAAUGGACAAAUAUCCACAUAUGAAGGGCCACUACAUAGUCAUGGAUAAUGCACCCAUUCACACGCAUGAAAACAUAAAGAAGUAUAUUGAGUAUCGAGGAUACAAGUGUGUUUAUCUUCCUACUUAUUCCCCUGAACUUAAUCCAAUAGAACAAUUUUGGGCUGUAGCAAAGAGCAAGGUUAAGCGUCAUAGAUUUUUACAAGAGGACACUUUAUCAAAAAGAAUUACAGAUGCAUGUAAGAGUGUGG